AUGGCUAGUCUCAGUGUCCUUACUUUUGAUGCUGAGGGUCGGGCAGUUGACUUUGAGGUCUGGCUAGAUGAUCUGCAGCUUUUCCUACAGUGCGAUAGCAAGGACGGUCUCUCACUGUUCGAUCUCACGUCUGGCGCCUCUACUGCCCCUGCUGCUGAUGCUGACAGUACUGUUCGCUCGCAGUGGACCACGCGCGAUGCUGCUGCCCGCCUUGCUGUGCGUAGUCACCUACCGUCUACUGAGCGCGCGCACUUUAGUCAGUACAAGAGUGCUAAGACUCUGUACGACGCUGUAGUUGCACGCUACAGCUCCCCUGCCACUGCUGCCCUCAGCCGCCUCAUGCUGCCGUACCUUUUUCCUGACCUUGCCGCCUUUGCCACAGUUGCUGACCUGGUUGCUCACCUUCGCACCAGUGACGCCCGCUACCGCGCUGCCCUUCCCACUGCGUUCCUUCCCACGAACUCCCCCCCCAUGUACAUCACCCUUUACUACCUAGUCACCCGCCUCCCUGACUCUCUCUCUUCAGUCAGGGACCACUUUCUCUCCCUAUGCCCCACCGAGCUGACUGUCGACUUGCUAGAGGAGCGCCUUGCUGCAGCUGAGAAGAGUAUCUUAGCUGUCGGUGCUUCUCGCGGCGACCGUCGCACCCCCUUCUUUGAGGGGAGGUCGGCGCUGCGUCUGCCUCUAGUGGGCGACGCCGCACCGGCAAGGGCAAGGGAAGCAGGGGUGGUGGAGGGGGCGGUGGGGGAAGCGGUGGAGGCGGUGGAGGAGGUGGAGGUGGUGGUGGGGGUGGUACAGGGAGUGGGGGAGUCGGUGGCGGCAGUGGAGGCCGUGGCGGCGGUGGCGGAGGGGGUGGAGGCGGCGGCAGCGGUGGUGGAGGUAGCGGAGGAGGUGGUGCUGGUCGCGGUGCAGCCACGCAGCGUGGAGGCCUUGGUGGCAGCCAGCGCCAGCAGCAGCAGCGCACCCGUGAGACCCCGUCGGUUCAGCAGCUUCGUGAGUGGUACGCUGGGCGUGGGAGGUCUGGGGCGCUGCUUCGGCCGCUUGACUGACGCUUGGCGUGCCCAGUUUCCUGACGCCGUUAAGCUUCCUCGUUGGCAUGAUCUGCUUCUGCAGAAUGUGCCUAUCUUUGAUCUAGACUUUGAUGCUAUCCUUGCUGCCAUGUAUGCUUUUGCUGAUAUUACUGAGGGUGACUGUUACCUGCGUGUCCCGCCCGACCCGGGCACUGUGGCUGCUGCUCUAGGUGCUAGUGCGGCUGCUGCUCUAGGUGCUAGUGCGUCUGCUGCUCCAGGUGCUGGUACGUCUCCUCUCUCUGGUACUGCACCUACUGAGUCCCUUCACACUUUCACACUUGACUCUGGUGCUUCGCGCUCUUUCUUUAGAGACAGCACCACGCUCACGCCGCUCAGUCGGCCUGUUGCGGUCUCCCUUGCUGACCCCUCCGGGGGCCCGGUCCUUGCACACUCCUCCACGGUUCUACCGUGUCCUGCGGCCCCGUCGGGCUUGCUGUCGGGACUCCACCUCCCCUCGUUCUCUACGAACUUGGUGAGUAGAGCUGACCUCCAGGACGCGUGGGUUGACCAGUUCACCCCUGGAGGUCAGCGUGUGACCCACUGCACUUGCUCUCGGACGGGCCGCCACCUGGCCACGUUCACCCGUCGGCCAGGGUCGAGUCUGUACACACUGACUACUGCGCCUCCUCCGGUCCCUGCGUCUGGUCAGGUAGCUGCGUCCAGUCAGGUGUUUGCUGCCGCGUCCAGGUCUAGUCCUGCGUCUGCCCCCUGCUCGUGUCGUCCUCUGGCGCACGAGACUCUCCUUUGGCACCACCGCCUUGGUCACCCCUCCCUGCCUCGACUUCGAGGUAUGGCCUCCCGUGCUCUUGUCUCUGGACUCCCCAGGUCCCUCCCUCCCCUUCCUCCGAGGCCUGCCCCCACCUGUGUUCCUUGUGUCGAGGGCCGGCAGCGCGCCGCUCCUCACUCCUCCUCGUUUCCUCCGGCUGAGGCCCCUCUGCAGACUCUUCACAUGGACGUGUGGGGCCCAGCCCGCGUCCGUGGACAGGGUCACGAGCGUUACUUCCUACUGGUCGUUGACGACUACUCGCGUUACACCACAGUCUUCCCCUUACGCAGCAAGGGUGAGGUCACUGAGGUGUUGAUCGACUGGAUCCGCGGUGCUCGUCGCCAGCUUAGUGAGAGUUUCGGCUCAGACCUUCCUGUUCUGCGUCUGCACUCAGACAGAGGCGGGGAGUUUUCCUCCGACCUCCUGAGAGCCUUUUGUCGUUUUGAGGGCAUCCGCCAGACGUUCACGCUUCCGGCCUCCCCGCAGCAAAAUGUGAUUGCUGAGCGCCGCAUUGGCAUGGUCAUGGACGUCGCUCGUACGUCCAUGAUCCAUGCGGCUGCUCCCCAUUUUCUGUGGCCGUUCGCGGUUCAGUACGCUGCGCAUCAGAUCAACCUUCAACCUCGUGUCUCCUUGCCGGAGACCACACCUACACUGAGGUGGACGGGGAAGGUUGGCGAUGCGUCAGCGUUCCGAGUCUGGGGAUCUCGAGCUUUUGUCCGCGAUACUACAGCGGACAAGCUGUCCUCCCGUGCCGUUCCCUGUGUCUUCCUUGGCUUCCCUCCUGACGCACCCGGGUGGCAGUUCUACCACCCCACCUCGCGUCGUGUUCUGUCCUCUCAGGACGUCACGUUCGACGAGUCGGUGUCGUACUACCGUCUCUUUCCCUACCGCACUGCCUCUCCCCCCCCCCCGCCACUCUUCCUGGCACCAGGUACUCCCCUGGUAGACCCCCUCCCCCCCCAGGGUCCUGCCCCCUCAGGUGUGUCCCAGGUAGACCCUGCCGAGCCGGUCGAGGUAGCUGUCGACUCAGGUGCUGCUAGGGGUGCUGACCCUGCGGGUGCGGGGACUGGGGGUGCUGAGACUGGGGGUGCUGAGUCUGGGGGUGCUGAGACUGGGGGUGCUGAGUCUGGGGGUGCUGAGACUGGGUGUGCUGAGCCUGGGGGUGUGGCGCCUGAGGGUACUGAGUCUGGAGGUACUCUAGGUGUCCCGUCGCGGCGGGAGCCCCUCUCUCCACAGCGGCUUCGUGAGUGGUACUCUCGGCGCUGUCGAGUUGCUGCUGGUGCUGCUGGAGCUGCUGGAGGUGCUACUGGUGCUGGCGCUGCUGGAGGUGGUGCUGGUGCUGGAGCUGCUGGAGGUGCUGGAGGUGCUACUGGAGCUACUGGAGGUGCUGGCGCUGCUGGAGGUGGUGCUGGUGCUGGAGCUGCUGGAGGUGCUGCUGGUGCUGGUGCUGCUGGUGCUGGAGCUGCUGGAGGUGCUGGAGGUGCUACUGGGGCUACUGGAGGUACUGGCGCUGCUGGAGGUGGUGCUGGUGCUGGAGCUGCUGGAGGUGCUGCUGGGACUGGAGACCCUGGGGCUGAGGGUACCGGUUCUGUCUCUGCUGUUUCUGGAGGCGCUGCGCGGCCGCGGCCGUACUACGUUCCGCUCCUUCAGCAGGUUCUUGGCUCUCCGCCUUCUCCUGUUCCUCCUCCUCCUUUCCUGAGUCCACCGCUUGUCCAGUCCCAGUCGCAGUUUCAGCCGGCCUCUCCGCUGCCUGGUCCUUCUCCUUACUAUGGACCGACUAGAGGUCUUACGGAGCGUCGUGAGCCUGACUCGCGUCCUGUGUCACCCGUGCCUCGCUCUGCGUCGCCUGUCCGACCUGUUCGCACUAGUCGUGUUUCGCGUCCGCGUCCUCCUCCUGUCCCUGGCACUCACUCUAUGACUCUGCGUCCUUCUACUGCUCCACAGCGUGUCCCUCUGCCGUCUCCUCCUGCGUCCUCUCUUCCUGACGGUCCGGACCCGGAGUCUGACUCCCUUCGUGCUGCUAGUCCUACUGUCACGCGCUUUCUGGCCACUGCUGUCACUGACCCUCUGUUUGAGUCCACUGCUGCGUCUGCUCUUGUUACUGAGCUCGUUGACUUUGCUGCUGCCUGUCGCCUAGACUACGCCGCUAGUCUUGUUGCUGAGUCUGCGUCUGUCUGUCCUCCGUCCGUCGGGGGGUGA